GGCCUAAGUUACGUAUUAAAAAAAUCCCAGGAUAAAAAAAUGUGUACUGUUAUUGUGUCGUCAUCAUUAUGACUUAUUAUCAAAAUAUGAUGAUUCAGUUUAUUUAAAAAUUUCGAGUGAUUUCCGUUUUCUUUCCUUUAAUUUUAAUUUUUUUUAUCAAACAAUUUAGUUUACUAAUGAUUUGCUCAUUUAAUUUUAUAUAUGAUAACAAGUUGUGACAUCAAGAAUGCAAGAAGAAAUAAUAAAAGUGAUUGAACCAGAAAUAAAUAUUGAUAAUAAUAUAUCAAUUAAUUCAGAAAUUAGGGAGAUUGAUGAACUCGAUCAUGGUGGUAGUUCUAGUACUGAUGAUGAUAGUAAAUUAAUAAAAACAAGACCCAGAAAUAUAUUUCCAUCAUAUUACAAUGAUAGUGUCAGUGCUAGAUUUAGGAAUAAUGGAUACAGUAGUGGAGCAUAUGCAUUCAAUAGUUUGAUUGAAAGUGUAUCACAUAGACAAUCAAAUAGAGUUAAUGAUGAUGAAUUUAAACCAGGAUCAACAGAUUUUUUAUCAGCAAAUUAUGAUAGUCUUGAUUAUGACACUUGUGAAAAUCAUUUUUUGCAAAAUGAGGAGAGAAAAAAAGGGUAUAAAUUUAUUGUCAGAAAAAAUUUGGCAAGAUGGUUUAUAUUUUCACUUAUUGGUGUAUGUACUGCAUUGAUUGCAUGUUUUGUUGAUAUAUCAAUUGACUUGUUAUCUAAUUUAAAAUAUGGAGCUUUAAAAUCAUAUGUUGAUUAUUGUAUAAAAAAUGAUUGUCUAUGGUUUCCAUAUUUUAUGUGGAUAAUAUUUAAUAUUGUGCCAGUUUUAGUUGGUGCAUUUUUAGUAACAUAUGUUGAGCCAGUUGCUGGUGGAAGUGGAAUACCACAAGUUAAAUGUUAUCUUAAUGGAAUUAAAAUACCUCGUGUUGUAAGAAUUAAAACACUAUUUGUUAAAAUAAUUGGUGUUAUUUCAACUGUUGUUGGUGGUCUUGCUGCUGGUAAAGAAGGUCCAAUGAUACAUGCUGGUGCUGUUGUAGCUGCUGGUUUAUCACAGGGUAAAAGUACAACAUUUAAAUCAGAUCUUAAAAUAUUUCAAUACUUUAGAGAAGAUCAUGAAAAACGUGAUUUUGUUGCUGGUGGUGCAGCAGCUGGUGUAUCAGCUGCUUUUGGUGCUCCAAUUGGUGGAGUAUUAUUUAGUAUGGAAGAAGGAACAAGUUUUUUUAAUCAAAGUUUAACAUGGAGAAUAUUAUUUGCCAGUAUGAUAUCAACAUUUACAUUAAAUAUUGUAUUAAGUACUUAUCAAAAAGAUCAUCGAGGUGAUAUAUCAUAUUCAGGUCUUUUAAAUCUUGGUAAAUUUGAUACAAUGACAUAUAGUAUUUUUGAAAUUCCAUUAUUUAUGAUUGUUGGAAUAAUUGGUGGUUUAAUGGGCUCACUUUGGAAUCAUAUUAAUUUUAAAAUAACAUGUUUUCGUGCUAAAUAUGUUAAAGAAAAAUGGAUGAAAAUUAUUGAUGUUAUUGUUAUUGCUGUUAUAACAGCAACAGUUGGAUUUGUAAUGAUUUGUUAUAUGGAUGAUUGUCAAAUUGAGGGAAAAGCAUCAACAAAAUAUCCAGUUAAAAUGUUAUGUGAUGAUGGUAAAGAAAGUGCUAUUGCUGCACUUUGGUUUCAAACACCUGAAAGUACUGUUCGUUCAUUAUUUCAUGAUCCAAAAGGUUCUCAUAAUGACUUAACAUUGGCAUUAUUUGUUGUUGUAUAUUUUUUUUUGGCUGCAUCAACAUUUGGAUUGUCAGUGUCAGGUGGAAUUUUUAUUCCAUGUUUAUUAAUUGGUUCAGCUUGGGGACGUCUUUUUGGUUCUGGACUUGCUAAAAUAUUUCCAUCAGAUAAUUUUUUAGAUCCUGGUAAAUAUGCAUUACUUGGUGCUGCUGCACAAUUAGGUGGUGUUGUCAGAAUGACAAUAAGUUUAACAGCAAUAUUAAUUGAAUCAACUCAAGGAAUUUCAUUUGGUUUACCAGUUAUUAUUGUACUUAUUAUGGCCAAAUGGGUUGGAGAUUUUUUCAAUGAAGGUAUUUAUGAUAUUCUCAUACGAAUGGCAGGAGUUCCAUUGCUACCUUGGGAAGCACCACCACUUGCAAAUAAUAUUUAUGUUAGUGAAAUGAUGAGUCAUCCUGUUGUAACUCUUAAAACAACUGAAAAUGUUGGUCAUAUUGUGGAGCUAUUAAAAUGUGUCAAAUUCAAUGGAUUUCCUAUUAUUGAUCCACCAACUGGAGACCAAGCACAGAUACAUUAUUAUGGAAGAUUUAGAGGAUUAAUAUUGAGAUCUCAAUUAAUAGUAUUAUUAAAAAAUAAAAUAUUCAAUGAAUAUUAUGAUGACUGGGAAAAAACAAUGUCUACAAAUAUAUUUAGAAAUGAAUAUCCAAGAUAUCCAAAUAUUGAUAAUAUUUAUAUAACUGAAGAAGAAAAAACAUUUACAAUUGAUUUACGUCCAUUUAUGAAUCCAUCACCGUACACACUUCAACACUCAAUGACAUUGCCACGAGCAUUUAGACUUUUUCGAGGUCUUGGUCUUCGUCAUCUACCUGUCGUAAACGACACUCAUGAAGUAAUUGGUAUGAUAACGAGAAAAGACGUAGCAAGAUACAGAAUAUGGAAACACAGAGGAAAAAUGGGACUCGAUGAACUUUUAAUAACAGACAAAAUAUGAUAUUAAUAUUUUAAAAAAUAGCAAAAAAAUACGUAUACUCAUUUAAAAAAGAAACAAAAAAACUACACUCGGUAUUUUAUACAGUGUAAUUAAAAUACUUAUUUUUAAAAUUGAUAGAGUAUAUUUUUUUUAACGAUUAAAUAUAAGUAGAAUAAAAAAACCUAUAAAGACAAGUAUUUUUAAAUUAAUUGACAAGAUAUAUUUAUUAAAAAAAUAUUUUAUUAAUUCAAUAAAUUAUUGAUAUUAAUUAUUUACAAAUAAUUGCCAUCCAAGCCAAGACCACAAUUUAAAAAAUAGAUAAAUUGGUAUGAUGACAAUUAUAAAAAGAAAAUAAUAUUCAUAGCUUGAUAGAUACAUUUUUGUAUUUCAAUUUUUUUUUUUUCCUUUUAAUUUAUUUCAAUUCCAAUAAAUCAAUUGACGCAAACUCCUCAGGAAUCUGAAAUUAUAUAUUGUAAAAAAAAAAAAGAUAAAAAAACAAAUAUUAUUGUAAAAAUAUUUUUAUUGUUAUUUUUAUUAUAAAAAAUAUUAUCAUAAAAAAAAAAAAAACAUUUAGCUGAUAAAAUUUACUGAAUGAUAAUUUUUUUUAUUUUUUUUUUAACAAAAUGUACAAUGAAGAUAAUAUGCUUGAAUUCUUAUUGAGCCAAUCAAUUGCG